UUUAUUUUUUUUUCCCUUAUAAAUACACGCAAUUAUGUUAGAACUCACAGCAGAUUGCUUGUGGCCACCGGUUGGUUCUUCAGAAAUGAAGAUAUCAGAUGGAGUUCUCGUCUUCCUGCUCUUCUCUCUGUUCGCUGCAAUGGCAGCAUCAGCCAUGGAAGUGGCAGCUGAGGAUCUUGGAGUCAGCUUGGCUGGAACAAAGCAGCAGAAACACAAGCACUCUGGAUUUUCACAAGCAGAGUGCCCAGGUGCUUGUCAGUUCAGAUGCUCCAAGACUGCGUAUAAGAAGCCUUGCUUGCUCUUUUGUCAGAAGUGUUGCUACAAGUGCAAGUGUGUUCCCCCAGGGACCUAUGCACGCAAGGAGGCGUGCCCAUGUUACAAUAACUGGAAGACCAAGAGAGGGGGGCCUAAGUGCCCUUGAAGACUCAAUUUCAAGUUUUAAGAGCUCCCUCACUUGGUUAUCAGAGACAAACUCAAUAUUAUUGUGCCUCUAUUUGUUAUUUAACAUCAACUGAUGGAUUUGUUCUAAUGCAAAUGCUGCUCGCAUAUCCUAUUGGCUCAAA